AUGACAUUAACAUACCCUACCCUCCCCCCAACCCUCCUCAUCAUCUCCCUAAAGAUGUACUUCACCCCCGCCCGCACCCAAGAAUACUGCCGCGCCCUCCUCGACCCGCAGAAUAAAAUCGUCCGACCCUCACACCACAACUCCAAGCUCCUCCUAGCCCUCAUCCCCGACUUCCUCACCAUCUACCCCUGCGCCGAGAUCAUCAAGCAAUGGGAAGCAGCGACAUCGCCACCCCAACAACAACAGCAACAACAACAAGACCGGACAUUCCUCCUCGGCGCCCAAGACUGCUUCUGGGAGACUCAAGGCCCCUACACCGGCGAGGUCUCGCCGUCCGCUCUGCGGGCGCUGGGCGUCUCGAUCGUGGAACUCGGCCAUGCGGAGCGCCGCGAUCUCUUCGGCGAGACCGACAAGCAGACCGGCCGCAAGGCGGCGGCCGUGUGCGCCAACGGCAUGGUCCCCUUGGUGUGCAUCGGCGAGGUCACCGCCCCGGGCCCCGUCGCCUCGCAGGCUGUCGGGCGCGCGGUGCAAGAGUGUGCGGGCCAGGUGCGCGCGGUGCUGGACGCCAUCCCCGCGGACGCGCCGGUCAUCUUUGCCUACGAGCCGGUCUGGGCGAUUGGGAAGCCGGCGCCCGCGGGCGUGGAGCAUAUUGCUGCGGUGGUGGAGGGGAUUAAGGCUGUGGGCAUGGGGAGUGGUGGUACCGCCGGCAGCCGCGCGGGGGAGGUCCGCAUUCUCUAUGGGGGAAGUGCCGGCCCCGGGCUGUGGGGCGCGGGCGGGCUGGGCAAGGCCGUCGAUGGCAUGUUCCUGGGGAGGUUCGCCCACGAGAUUGAUGGGGUUCGCAAGGUGGUUCGCGAGGUCGAGGAGACGAUAGGCUUGACGGCGUGA